GCCGCCUUUCAUCCUCUUCGCAUAGGGAAAAAAAAAAGGAAAUUCCAUCUUCCUACCCUGACAAUUGCGAUAUUCUCUCUUUGCUUUUCUAACAGAUUUUCCCGAGAACCAAACGGAGUUCAAUGGAGUCCACGCCCGUUAAUUGGGAAGCACUCGAUGCCUUAGUCAUCGAUUUUGCUAAAUCUGAGAACCUAAUCGAGGACUCCUCUCCCUCUUCUUCUUCCUCACCGUCGCCGUCGUCUGUACAUUAUUCGCCUUCUUCGUCUUCGUCUUCAUCUCCGUUUCCUUCUUCGUCCUCUUAUCAUUCCAGAGUAAUCAUUCGCCAGAUCAGACGGUCCUUGGAGACUGGUGAGGUAGAUACCGCUAUCGAUCUCCUUCGAGCACAUGCACCUUUCAUUCUCGAUGAUCACAGGCUUCUCUUCCGAUUACAUAAGCAGAAAUUUAUUGAGCUAUUGAGAAGAGGAACUGUGGAGGAUCGUGAUUCUGCAAUAAAUUGCUUGAGGACCUCUCUUGCUCCUUGUGCUCUUGAUGCCUACCCGGAAGCAUACGAGGAAUUCAAGCAUGUACUUCUUGCCUUCAUUUAUGACAAAGAUGACCAGACUUCUCCAGUGGCAAAUGAGUGGUCUGAAAGGAGGAGGUUUGAUAUUGCCGGAUUAUUGUCAACUGUAUUAAGAGCUCAUCUACAUGCUUAUGAUCCUCUUUUUUCAAUGACAUUAAGAUAUUUGAUAAGUAUACAUAAAGGAUUUUGCUUUCGUCAAGGAAUAUUUUCACCCAUAUCAGAUCUUACUGAGAGGUUGCUUCUUGAGGACCGUGACCCUCCUGCAACACCUCAAGAGAGCUCAUAUGAAGCCCCCCCAUUUGAUGAGGUGGACAUUCAAGCUCUUGCGCAUGCUGUAGAACUUACAAGACAAGGAGCAGUUGAUAGCUUGAGAUUUACAAAGGGUGACUUAUUCCAGGCAUUUCAGAAUGAAUUGUGUCGGAUGAAAUUGGAUGUCACAAUGCUUGAUGAGCUUGUACAUGAAUAUUGUGUUUAUAGGGGCAUUGUGGAUUCUGUUGUUGCACCCCCAUCUGGAAAUCAACCUGUUUCCAAACAGUUGAAAGUUGAUCAAUCAGUGCUUGUUCUUCGCUCAUCAAGAGAUUUAACUGGUGAUGUGGAUUGUAGUGCCAGUAAAAAUUCUGAGGAUGAUUCCUCCAUUAUUGAUGAACAGAUGGAUGUUUCACCUGAAAAGAAUGUUGAAGCAACUAACAUGCAAGGAAUUAAUGUUGAAGUAAGAUAUGCUCGUGAACCAACUUCCUUUCAUGAAGACUGUAGCACCAGUGGAUCUCAACGACCUCAAAAUUUAAGAAUUCAGCAAAGAAGCAGAGUCAGUGCUGGAGAAAGGAGUAAACGUAAGCGGUGGAGGGGAAGACAUGAUGAAUGUCAUACUUCAAACACUUUUUCAGAUGAAUCUAGUAAGCAAGAUCCUAGCACAAGUAAUGCAUACAUCUCUCGAGAACAGCAGAGUUUGGAAAGAUAUUCUCCGUUAGAUAUUAACAAUAGGGAGGAUAGAUAUGAGAUCCUGCUUGGGGUGAAGGAAUUAGCUAGUAAAGGAAUGGCUGCAGAGGUUGUUGAAGAAGUUAAUGCUUUAGAUUUGGACUUCUUUGUGCAAAAUCCUACUUUGCUCUUCCAGCUUAAGCAGGUUGAAUUUCUGAAGUUGGUGAGUUCUGGAGAUUAUUCCAGUGCUCUGAGGGUGGCAUGCUCCCACUUAGGUCCUUUGGCUUCUAGUGAUCCAACUUUACUGAAACCUUUGAAGGAGACUCUGUUGGCAUUGCUCCAGCCUAAUGAGGAUGCAAUCAGAAAAGGCUUGCCUUUACAUGCUCUUUCAAGUUCACUCCAGGUUGCAAUUGCUAAGAGACUUGGAAUCGAAGAACCGCAGCUUAUGAAAAUAAUUAGAACUACCCUUCACUCACAUAAUGAGUGGUUUAAACUUCAAAUGUGCAAAGAUCGCUUUGAAAAUCUUUUACAAAUUGAUUCCUUGAAAGAAGCCAAUCCUUCUUUGCUUACUACUAUUGCUACAUCAAAGAUGGCUACGGACGGGUCUUCUAGUGGAUCACCCCAGGUUACUCAAUCUUCAAGUAGUAGGAUGUCAGAAGAUGGUAGCAGUCCUACUCAAGUGUCCUCUAGAGAUGUGGUCUGUGAUGAAAAUGCAAUUUUAAAAGUUAUGGAGUUUCUGGCAUUGCCAAGGGCUGAUGCUAUUCAUCUUCUUGCUCAGUACAAUGGGAACGCUGAGAUGGUCAUUCAGCAAAUUUUUGCAUAGCUUGAAUCGUACCACUAAAAAUGUACCCAAUGGCGUGCUUUGUAUAUUAAUCAUUAUUACAAUAUCUCUUUCCCUCUCUUGUUGUGAUAAAUUUAUUUGUUGAUUCAAUUUAGCUUCAGUACAGAGCCCGGUUGAAAGGGUAAGCAUGCAAAAUACAGUAUACUAGUACAGUAGCUGACACUUGUAUUCUAGUUUGUACAAUAUCAUAAGGUUUUUCCUUGCCCAUAUAAUCAAAUCAACGGAAUAAAAAGAAAUUGUUUUAUUGAUUCUGAA